UGGGGUGUCUGCGUCUGGGCUUUCCUGCCUGCGGCGAGCGAGGGGGUCGCAGCCUCCAGGGAAGUGUUUUGCAAUCACCUUCUUCAGAGCGUCACAGCAACUAACGGCCCGGGUUUUGAGGAACUAACGGGAAAAGCAGCAUGUUAGCAAACAGGCUGAGCACGGCCAGCCCCUGGCAGCCGGAGCCUUGCGCUCAGAGCGGGCAGUGAGCGGCGGCCGGACACUCCGGACACUCCGGACACGGAGGAGAGGCAGGGAUGGAGGCGAGGUGAUGCCAAAGCCACGGAGGAGACCAUGGCCAGGCGCRGAGCUGGGACACCCUUCCUGCUGCAGCUCUCCCUGCUCCUGCUGCUCCACCUGGGCGGGACGCUGGGCUGCGCCUCGGUGGCUGUGGGCUCACCCAUUGUGGCCCUGGGCUCAGCUGUUACGGCGUCCUGCACCAUCCAGAGAGAGCUCUGCCGCGGCUUGGAGCAGGGGAAGGUCCAGAUCAGCUGGAUGCUGGACAACAAGCCCGUGGCUGGGAGCCAGCGCCAGGGUCCAGGGGGCACAGAGGUGUCCAACCUCACCCUGCCCCGGUUCAACCGCACGCAGGCCAGGCUGUGGUGCUGCGUGGAGUGGAACGGGACCAAGCAACGAGUCGGCAUGGCCGAGAUCAGGGCGGGCUACCCUCCUGCCAAGCCCCUCAACCUCAGCUGCAUCCUGAACCUCAGUGACUACGGRCUGAUGUGCCAGUGGGAGCAGGGAACCGACAGCCACCUCCCCACCAGCGUCGCGCUGAAAUGCGCCGGGAGCAGAGCCCCGGCGGUGACGGGCUGCACCCCGCAAGGCGGGCACAGCCACUGCACGGUGCCGCGCCCGCUGCUCCAGCUGUACCGACAAAUGGAGAUCUGGGUGUCUGCCACCAACGCCCUGGGCACGGCCGAGUCCGAGCACCUCCACAUCGACCCCAUGGACGUGGCCAAGCCGGACCCCCCAACCCUGCAGAGCAUCCAGUCCAUCCCCUUCCAGACCGACUGCAUUGCCCUGGCCUGGGAUGUGGCACGGGGCACGGAGCACAUGGAGCUGCAGUGUGAGCUGCGCUACCGGGCACCCGAGGACUCUGCCUGGGCACUGGUCACCGGCAUCACCGGCCGGGCCGGCACCGCGCAGCGCUGCGGUUUCCUGUUCGGCACGCAGUACCGCUUCCAGAUGCGCUGCCGGCGGAGCUCAGCAUCGGCACUGGCCUACUGGAGCGAGUGGAGCCCGGGCAGGAACUACACCACCCAUGAGAAAGCCCCCACAGGGACGCUGGACGCGUGGUGGGGGGCUCAGCCGGCCGGGGCAGGGGGGCGGCUGGAGGUGCAGCUGCGCUGGAAGGCCCCACGGCAGAGGGAGGCCAACGGGCGAGUGCUGGGCUACCGCGUCACCCUGAGCCCCCGGAGGAGGGGCAGGGACCUCACCACUGUCUGCCAAACCACCCACACCCACUGCAACUUCUCGGCGCCUGCGGGGACCAGGAGGGUCUAUCUGUCAGCCUACAACGCCGCCGGCGAGUCGGCACCCACCGAGGUCAUCCUCCUGGAGAGGAAAGGACAGCCCCCGGCCGGGCUCCGGGCCGUGCCUGCAGGCGAGCGCAGCCUCUGGGUGCACUGGGAGCCACCGGUGGCACCAGUGGUCGCCUACGUCCUGGAGUGGCAGCGGGUGACAGCGGAGCCUGGGCACUGCAGCUCGUGCUGGCAGAUGGAGCGUGACAGGGAGGCCACCGCAGCCCUCAUCCAGGAUGGCAUCGAGCCUUUCCAGCGCUACAACAUCUCGCUGUACCCCCUGUACGAGGGCACGGUUGGGGUGCCCGUCCACACCACAGCCUACUCCCAGCAGAAGGCCCCAUCCCAUGCCCCAAAGCUCCACCUGAGGAGGAUCAGCAAGUCAGAGGCAGAAUUGUGCUGGGAGCCGCUGCCAGUGGAGAUGCAGAACGGUUUCAUCACCAGCUACACCAUCUUCUGGGCCAACAGCAGCACCGACGUGGCCAGUGCCGCCGUGAAUCCUUCUCUCAGCUCCUUUGUCAUCCAGGGGCUGAAGCCAUCSACCCUGUACAAAGUGCACAUCAUGGCAUCCACGGCUGCUGGCGGCACCAACGGCACCAGCCUGACCCUGGUGACCACCGUGCUGGACGACACUGAGAUCCAGUUCCUCUUCCUGACCCUGGGGCUGGUCUUUGUCCUGCUCAUAGUGUUGCUCAUCUGCUUGCAGAAGAACGAGCGGUGAGUACGGGAGCCC